AUGCAGGCUCUCUCAAGUUUUGUUCCAAGUGACCCGUUUCACCAGCUUACGGUUACGCUGUGCCUCGUUGGUGUGUUCCUUACGGUUGUGUUUGCUCUGGCGUUCAGACCGAAGAGCAAAGAUCAGGCGCCGAGCACGUUCGAAGCAUACCUCAAGUUCAUCUAUGGGUGCUUUUUGAAGCCUCAUACUGGAGACGGAUCUGGAAGCCAACAAGAUGCUUUGGAAAGCUUCUACAAAGCUCAAGCCGACGUCUACGACGCUACCCGACUCAAGCUUCUUCGAGGUCGUGAGGAUAUGCUGGGACUGGUCGCUGCGCAGCUCAAGCACCGUACCGAAGCGGGCCUAAUCUCGCAACGACCAGUCUGGGUUGAUAUUGGCGGAGGAACUGGUCACAAUGUUGAACAGAUGAACACAUUCGUUCCCGUGGCAAGCUUCUUUCGCGCAGUUUAUGUCGUCGACCUCUCCCCCUCCCUCUGUGAGAUGGCCCGGAAAAGGUUCGCCCGUCUCGGUUGGACAAACGUCAAGGUUAUCUGCCAGGAUGCGCGCGCCUUCCGCCUCCACGAACACGAACCGCAAGCAUACGAACGCAAGGAGAUGAUCUCCAAAGAACAAACCGUUCGCGACCUCGACGAGAAUGCGGAUGCAGGUGGUGCUGAGCUUGUCACUAUGAGCUAUGCUCUCAGCAUGAUCCCCGAGUUCUACCCUGUCAUCGACUCAAUCGAUAGCCUGAUGAGCCCCAACGGUGUUAUCGGUGUCGUCGACUUUUACGUACAGAACCAGGUCGACUUCAUGGGUAGGAACUACAUGGGUGGUGCUAUUGAUCGUCACUGCAUGUGGAUCUCACGUGUGUUCUGGCGGACGUGGUUUGAGAUUGACCGUGUCAAUCUCGAGCCUGCACGACGGGACUACCUGGAGUACCGCUUUGGUACAGUCCUUAGUAUCAACGCUCGCAACAACUUCUUCGGCACUGGUAUUAAGCUCCCCUACUUCAUCUGGCUCGGUUGCUCGAAAGAUCACGGCGCUUCUACCCAGAAGCUUGCUGAGAUUGAUGCCGCCGCCACCGAAUCGCCCUACCUCACGGCUCUCGACCUCCAGACAGGAGCUACACAGACUGACGUCGAAGUCCACUCAAAGGCCUACGAGUCGGCAGUGCACACUCGCUUCAACGACUCAUACAUCUACGCAUUUACCUGGGAAGACGACGUAGCAGACAUGCGCCUCCUUAAACCAACCUCCAACGACGUCGUCCUAGCAAUCGGCUCAGCCGGCGACAACAUCCUCGCCUUUUGUCUCGAAAACUGCCGCCGUGUCCACGCCGUCGACCUCAACCCAUCUCAAAACCACCUUCUUGAGCUCAAAGUCGCCGCCUUCACUGCGCUCCCCUACCAAGACGUCUGGAAGCUCUUCGGCGAAGGCAAGCACCCCGACUUCCACAACCUCCUGAUCCAGAAGCUCAGCCCGCACCUCUCAUCCGAAGCCUUCCAAUUCUGGCUGCACAACGGGCCCUCCGUGUUCUCCUCCUCCUCGUCAAAAGGUCUUUACUACUCCGGCGGCUCGGGCAACGCCCUCUCCAUCGCAGGCUGGCUCUUCCACCUCCUAGGCAUGACCUCGGACGUGCAAAAACUCUGCACAGCCUCCACCCUGAACGAACAACGAGAAAUCUGGCAACGCUCCAUCAAGACCGUGCUGCACUCCAAGAUCCUCACCUGGGCCAUCCUCGGCAACGAGAAGUGGCUUUGGAAAGCGCUCGGCGUGCCCCCCGCCCAACGCGCCGUCAUCGAAGCGGAUUUCAAGAAAACCGACGACUUUGACGAGACAAAGACACCUUCGGUGCCCAAGUCAGAUGCAGCAGCAGACUACAUGGCGUUCCACGAAGAGCCGUCCGACGACGCGCUAAAGUCGAGUUCUGGAAAUGCGAUUUACGAAUACGUGCUCAACACUUUCGAGCCCGUCAUCAACACCACGCUGCUCUCCACCUCAAACCACUACUACCUCCUCACCCUCCUGGGCCACUACACACCAACCUCCCACCCCACAUACCUCUCCCCGAAAUCACAUGUUAAACUCAGUAAACCCAAUGCCUUCAACGGUCUCCGCAUCCACACAGAUGAGAUCUCCGAAGUCAUCGCUAGAAUGCGACCUGGUACACUGACCAUUGUCGUCGUGAUGGAUAGCAUGGAUUGGUUCCCACCAAGCGGCCAACAAGCGCUCAAACAGAUCCGGGCGCUGAACCGCGCGUUGAAGGUAAAAGGGCGGGUUAUGCUCCGGUCUGCGGGCUUGGAACCGUGGUAUAUCAAGGUGUUUGGCGAGUGUGGGUUUGCGGUUAAGAGGGUGGCUGUUAGGGUGCCGGGAAGCUGUAUUGAUCGGGUUAAUAUGUAUGCUUCUACGUGGAUUUGCACAAAGGAAGUGGGGAUUGAGCGCGAGGAUGUCAAGGUGGGGUUGCGGAAGGCGAGUUUGGCAGAGUUGAAGCUUGAGGCUCCUGCUUUGCGUAUGGAGUAG